AUGCCAGUGAUCAGUCAUAAUAAUAGUGAAUUUCACCUCUCUCACACUGAGGAGGAAAAGUUAAACGAGUUCCAGGUCAUUACUAAUUUCCCCCAAGAGGACUUGCCGGAUGUGGUGAGACUGUUGAGGAACCAUGGUUGGCAGUUAGAACCAGCAUUGAGCCGAUAUUUUGAUGGAGAAUGGAGAGGCGAUUCGGAAGAGAUUGUGAGGGAACCCACUCAAAUACCUACACCCAUCGAUAAUACCUCGGCUCCACCAAUGUUGGGCCCCAGACCCUUGUCGUUUACAACCUCACUGCCCGUGAUCAGGCCGUUGCCAGCCAACUUCCGCCAUGAUUUCAGAACGAUUGGGUUGAAUGGACGCCCUAACACUGUGUGGUCAAUGCUUGAAUCUUUCAGUUAUGAUGGCAAUCCCUUUCUCUUCGUUUUACUGUUAAUUCCUCGGAUAAUUAAUAGGUUGUCGGCCACAAUAUUCACGUUCUUUUGCACUCUUUUAUCUUUGCAUUCGGUAAGCGGUGGUAGUCACUCAGGAAAGCCCAAGAUCUCCAAAGUUCCAAAGACACCCACUAGAGAAACGCAUAUUCCGCUUGCUGAAAUACUGGGUGACACUAAGGACAAAGAUGCAUUUUGCCAGCUGAAAAGCUUUGAACCGGAAAUCCCCUUCAAUGAAGCGUUGCGUAUCGCAAAAGAGGAAUUUAAGUUUAUGUUGCUCAUCCUAGUAGGUGACACCUACGACACCGAUACCGACGCCAUAGACGUUAAUUCAAAGUUACUAUUAGAAAAGAUCUUGUUAAACAAAAAGACGUUACAGUACCUGCGUAAGAUUGAUAACGACCUUAUCAUUUACUUGAAAUGCGUACAUGAGUUGGAACCUUGGUUAAUUGCUCGACAGCUAGGUGUAAGGAAUACGCCGGAGAUCUUCCUCAUUGCCAACGUUGCUAACAGGAUAGCCCAUUCAGAGACGGUGCCUUCACAGAGACUCUCUGUUCUCGCCAAGUUAAAAGUCAAUUCGUUGAAUAAAUUCUUGCAGUCGUUGACGAACGCGGUGGAUAGGUACAGUCCAGAAUUAGUUGUUAACAAAACUGAAAUGCACGAGCUACGCAUGUCAAGAGAAAUAAAGAAACUACAGGAAGAUGCAUACAAAAAGUCGUUAGAGAUGGACAAGGUCAAAGCCGUGGAAAGGGAAAAAAGCCUGAAGCUUGCUCAAGAUUUAAAAUUAAACUCAACUAAUCACCACUUAAACUGGUUAAAAGCUUGCAUCGAUGAACUUCAACCAUUGGAUACAACGGGAAAGCAAUCUACUCUGCAGUUCAGGACUUCCAGUGGCAAAAGAUUCAUUAAGAAGUAUCCCUCCAUGACCACGCUCUACCAAAUCUACCAAUCUAUCGGAUGCCACAUAUACCUCGAGGUAUACUCUAGUGACCGUGCCGAGUGGUCCACCGCCCUUCAGGAGAGAAUCGAACAGCUCUCUACAGACGAUAAUGUGCUUUGCUUCAAAGAAGGACAACUCGAUGUAGGUUCUACCACUAGUAUAGAAGAGCUUAGUGACAUCAUCAACUACGAGAUCGCUUCUUUCGAUAUUGGGCAAAGUAAACUCGAAUUCGACUUCGAAUUGGUAUCUCCUUUCCCUAAAUAUGCCGUACAUCCCGAUGAACAGACUUCGGUAGACCAAGUGCCUCAGCUAUGGCCAAAUGGCAGUCUUUUAGUAGAAGCUCUUGUUGAGGAGGAUGAAGAAGAUGAAGAAGAUGAAGAGUAA